GGCAAUGAUAUUUCUCGAAUCCAGUCCAUAACCAUCAGUUUGUUUUCAAGUCAUCUUCAGUUCGCCAAUUUUCGCGUAUUUUUAAAUUACCGAUGCCGAAAAGUCCUUGUCGUCGCACCCUAGAACCGAUUUACUCGAGUUUAUAUGUCGAUGUACAACGAAGUGCACAUACGACCGACCGAAAUAACAUUCUUUCUUUCUGCUGAUUCUGUGUGCUCCCCCGAGGAAGUUCUCAUAUUAAGCAAAAAUCAAAAGACUCUGAAAUACAAAAUAUUAUGUACCGCGAGAUCCAGAUAUUCUCUAUCCAAGUGCAAAGGGUCCUUAAAGCCAGGAGAGUCGAUCCGAAUUUCUAUCCAGUUACUGAUUCCCACUUGUGAAAAAUCCCGAAGGGACUUCUUCAAGAUACAGUUUUUCGAUUAUCUGGAUGAUUCUCUGCAAGGUGAACGGCUAAUCAGCUCGACUGUGCAUGUGGACUCUUCACGUAUUUCUGUUAGAGCUUCGGAUUCUGGUUCUUGUAGUUCAUGGCGUAGUCAACCUAUUGAUUCGUCCACAGCACCUGGCUCGCGGACACUAUCUCUGACGCGCAAUGUCUAUUCCCUUCCGUCCGAUCAAUUUGCUGCAAACUCUGCCUCUAAUUCUAACUUGGCGGCCAUCGAUUGGAAGCCACAGACGAAAAAGUUGCAAGCAAUCAGUACACACUGCAAUGCUAUUGACAAGGCACAGACCGUGACAUCAUCGGGUUUGAAAUCAUCUUGCCAUACUGUGCACACGUUUCAAAGGUGUUCCUCCUGUUUACACACCUUUGUAUACUGGGUGGCAUUUUUUCUCUGUCUAUUUGGUGUCUGCCUCCCAAUGAUAACCGACGAUUUGGCCUCCUUACUGCGUCAUCUUCUACCGCAUGAUUUUACUCCCUUUGCUCCUACUUCCGCGGUAUCUUCUGACACUUGCGCGGCCCCCAUUGAUGUCACAUCUUCAUCGUACUUUUCACAACGCUCUUUUGCUCAUCAUCAACCAUUGUCUCCGGACGAGUUCACCAGACAUAGCAAGCUGGCCAUUUUGUCAUUCAAGGCGGCCUUUUGGAACAUUGUCGGAGCACUCGGUUCUCUGAACGCAAUUCACUUAAUUUCCAAUUUCUCCUGGUUCGGUCUCGGUCUCCUCGUCAUGUACAGUCUGAGACGCGACUGAUCCCACAAAUUGGAUGUACAUUUGUUUCCAUACUUGGCGCAAUCCAAAUCUGACCAUUAACCACUCUACGUUGCCUUCUGGAAGUUUGGUUAUGACAUAAAUGUUCACCUACACCUUCGUAGCAUUUUGUGACCCCCUCGUUUGCUGUUUGCGUGCUUUAUAUUACUCCUCCCGUCAUUUUGUGGGACCUCCCACAUUUACCUAUGUUACUUUUCGUGAGAUUCUGAUGCUUUUGUGUUUUUUUGAAUAACUUUUUCGUUUCUUAUCCGACACAAUGUAUUUUCUUGUGAACCUUUUGUACAGUCGACGUAUCCUCUUUUAACAUUUCAAUUCAAAUCGAUCCCUUGAUUUCCUUCUCUACACAUUCACUUUGUAUACUUCUACACCGUGUCUGCGAGCACUCCAUUUUUAUCGCGUUGCUGCUCAGAUUGCGCAAACUUUAUCUCAUCUUCUAUUGUGCUGGGCUCACAUGGGUAUUCUCUGAUCACCCUACAGAAAAAGUUCACGAAUGUAUCAGUUUAAAACCCACUGAUCGGUCGGAAGCCUUGUCUAAGUAUAGUAACAUCCUCGCAUAGGAUUGCACUUACGCUUUGACGAUCCGGGUCUUUCGCCAUCCAACUGAGAAUCGAUUGUGCACUAUGACAUGUCCACAACAGAGUAGUUUGAUAUUUCAUAUACUUCCAACAGAGUUGGAAAUUUGGGAGUUCAGUCACAGAGCGAAAUUUUCGGUC